AUGCUAUCUUUAUUCUUCGAGUAUCCGUUUUCCGUAGCACUCGUCGAAGAAGUGCGGAAGAAUAUUAUGUUCCCAGCAGCUACAGUAUGCGUCAGUCGAUGGAUCAAUAUCACCCGCCUGUGUAACGUGUUUCGAAGCACGUGUGGUCCAGUGGAACAGGAAGACCACAGUGGACCGUGGGAAUUUCUUCUUCGUGAUGUUGCUUCCCGAGGUCUCAUUGCUCAUCUCCCGGAUGAGCUCUUCAAGUGUUACAUGCGCUCUACGGUGGCUUCCUGCAUGUCUUUUUCAUGCAAUUCCAUGACUAAGAUAACGUACUACCGAUCACCAGCGCAGAUGUGCUACACCAUCGACUCGUACCAGUGGACGGACUUCAGUCACCCAGUGCGUCGCUGCGCCUCACCGUGGAACUAUGAAUUAAGCUUGCGGUCCCAAUGGGACAGUAACCUGACGCUUGCAUUGCGCGAAGUUGAGGUCAUGCCAUUGGUUAUCCAUCAACCUCUCACGUGUCCACCAGAUAAGCUGUCCUCCAUUAUGAUAGAGCCUGGGAUGUCAUACACCAUCUCAGUAUCCCAGCGCAAGGUUGUCAGACUUCCGCCACCUUACAAGUCUAUGUGCACCGACUACGUAUCCUUGGGAAUGCGAAAAGAAUACUUCGGAUAUUUAACACGUGAUGUAAGUUGA